AUGUUUUUUAAAUCUAGGAGUUUCAAGGAAAAUUAUGUUUGUGAUGCCAAUAGUUUUUUAAAAGAGGUGGCAAAGAUGGGUGUGCAUCGGGGCAAGGCGGUUGCGCAUGCUUGGUGGACGUUGGUGUUGGCUCGACUAGUGUCGGCGGGCAUCUCCUGCCUUAGCAAUCCUUGUCAGCAUGGUAUUUGCAUCGACGACAUCAACAGCACAUAUUCCUGUUAUUGCGUGGACGGGUACACAGGCGUGCAAUGCCAGACGAAUUGGGACGAGUGCUGGUCAGAUCCCUGCCAGAAUGGAGGCACUUGCGUCGACGGCAUAGCCUCAUACAACUGUUCCUGCCCAGAUGGAUUCAUUGGAGAUAACUGCGAAACUAACUUUAACGAGUGCGAGUCGAAUCCUUGCAUGAACAAUGGCACAUGCGUCGACAUGACAAACGACUACGUCUGCUCGUGCUCUCCCGGCUACUCGGGCAAACACUGCGAACUGGACGUAGCUGUCUGCAACUCCACGGAAGAGGUCCGCUGCUAUAAUGGCGGACAAUGCAUCGAGGGACCUGGAUUCAAGUUCUACUGCAAAUGUUCUCCAGGUUGGGCCGGUCAAAAGUGUGAAGAUCAGAUAGACGAAUGUGAGUCAAACCCCUGUCAGAACGGAGGCGUCUGUAUCGAUAUUCAUGCUGAUUACAUGUGUGCUUGUGCUUUCGGGUUUACGGGAAAAAGUUGCGAGGUUCAGAUUGAAUUCUGUGAUGAGAAUUCUUGCAGCAACGGAGCCCUUUGCGUAGUCGAGGAAGGAGUGCGGGUUUGUUAUUGCGUCCCUGACUACCACGGCGAGCGAUGUGAGUUACAAUACGACGAGUGUCUAUUGGGACCUAGAUGUAUGAAUGGAGGAACAUGUAUUGAUGGUGUUGAUAAUUUUACAUGUUCAUGCCCUCCGAGAUUGACAGGAACCUUGUGCGAAUGCCUGAUCCUUGAAGAUGACUCGUACGACUGUGAAUACGUUAGUCCAACACCGUUGCCAGUAUCUACUCAGUCGGUGUUCAUCACCACCGAUAAAGAUGCGACCACUACUGAUUUAAGCACAGUUUCCACUACAAAAGCGUAUAAUGACACAACGCCUAGAACAAGCAUAACAAUGUCAGAAGAAACUCAGCCUUGGACAACAAGUAUAUCUGAUUUGACGACUUCUUCAACGACGGAUAUAAGUUUACCUACAACUUCUGAGUCUUCGUCAACCACAGUUACAGUAUAUUUGGAAACUACAUUAAUGUCAAACCAAACUACAACGUCCAAAGAUGAUAUAACCGUAACUCUGCCCACUUUGUCUUUGCAUUCGACUGAAGCAGUCGAGAUUACAACAGAAUGCGGUAAGAAUUGUGCAACUGAAUCAGAAAUCACAAUGACAAUCCCUACGACUAAUUUCGAAACUACAACUGACAUAACAACAGAAGUGACUGAAACAGAAACAACAUUUACAACGGCAAAAAGUACCACAGAGUUAACAGUGGUUACAGUUACUGAUACUGCAACAAUUGCAACUGUACCUCCUGAUAAAAUGACUACUACAGAGGCUGAAACAACUGCUGUUUCUAAAAAAGUUACUACAGAAAUAACAUCAACACCUGAAGGUGAUACAACCACACAAAAAAUGUUUACGGAUACUCCUACAGAACACGUGAUUACAGAUUAUUCUACUCCAUCUGGGUACACAACGACAGAACCAAUGGAUACAAGCACAGGAUUUGAUAAUACUACAUAUUUUUAUACAACAAUUCAAUCAGAAUGUACAGAUAACGUUUGUAAUCACGGUACUUGUAUAAAUACUCCACAUGGAAUUAGGUGUAAUUGCUACUUCAAUUAUGGAGGAAGAUUUUGCGAGGAGAAAAUAGAUAUCAGGUCUGCCGCUUUCGGUGGCAAUUCGUACAUAACCCACAAGCUGCGGAAUACAACAUCAAUUGAUAUAGAAUUCGACGCGAAGACUUUGAUAACUGAUGGUCAAAUGAUGCAGGUCGACAUUGCCAAAGGAGUAUACAUGCAACUGUUUAUGGUGUCAGGAUUGCUGAAAUUCAAAUUUUCGUGUGGUUAUCAAACGAUGCUCUUGAGUGAACUGAAAACUUUCGUCAAUAAAGGCUAUCUGAUGAAAAUAGAAACGAGAUUGGACUUGUAUUUGAAAGAACAACAUUGCAAUGCCACACUACGCCUCAACGAUACUGUGGCCAUGAGCGGUGGUCAAGUGGCUAACAUCUCAUCUCUGGAUCAUAACGCAACACUUCACUUAGGGAACUCUCCUAACGCAAAGGAACCGGAUAAUAAACCAUUUAUCGGAUGCAUUUCUAAAUUGAAAAUCAAUGGCGAGAAGCGUGAAGUGUUCGGUGAGGCAUUGGAGGCGUCAGAUGUAGCGGAAUGUUCUUCGCUAGCGUGCUUAUCGGCGCCAUGCCUGAACGGCGGCUCCUGUAGCGAUCUUGGAAGAGGAUACAUUUGCUCUUGUGCUAAUGGUUGGUCUGGUGAGCUUUGCAAUGAGUCGGUGUGUGAAAACAACCCGUGCCAAUCUGGCGGCAGUUGCGUGCGGCAUCCAGGAAGUGGAUUUCUAUGCCUUUGCCCUUACGGGAGGCAUGGCAUAUUUUGCGAAUACAGCGUUGAUAUAACAAGGCCGUCUCUUGCACCGAUCAGUACUGGAAUAUCUUCAUACCUGAUGUACCCACUGUCACACGCAGCGAUGAAUUCGGAUAGAUUUGACUUGCGUCUGCGCUUCCAAACUUCUGAUAUGGAUCAGAUUGCGUUGCUUGCCUUCAUCGGCCAAGCGGGCAGACACGAUUCCAGAAGUCAGCAUCUAGCCCUAGCUUUCGUGAAGGGCUACAUAAUGCUGACGUGGAAUAUGGGGAGCGGAGCUCGACGAGUGUUUACAUCGCGGGCGCUGAGCGCUCGGCGUGGCGGGCACACGGUGCGCGUGUGGCGACGCGGUCGGACCGCCGGCCUCGCGGUUGACGCGCGCUACAACGUGUCCGGCAACGCGCCCGCGCACGACAACAAGAUGACAACGCUGCCUUACGUCUACAUAGGUGGUCACCCGUCCGAGGGGUUCCACGAUCUGCCGCACGACCUGCCUUUGCACGCCGGGUGGCGAGGCUGCGUGUGGGAGGUCGGCGGCGCGUCGCUUGGCGCUCGCCCGCUCGGCGGCCGCGGCGUGGGGCAGUGCGGCGUGGCGCAGUGUACUGCACGCUCCUGCCGCGCGCCACGCGGUGUCUGCAUCCACUCGCCCGCCACUUACGGGUGUAUAUGUAACGAAGGCUGGUUUGGCGCUACCUGCUCAUCGCAGAGCAAUCCUUGCGACCACAACGUGACAGCGUGUCGUGGUCGCUGCGUACUCACCGCUGAUGGUGCUGAAUGCGACUGUCCUUAUGGGAAAACUUACCGAAACUGCGAUCAAGACUUAAUACCAUCAGAUGUACUAUUCACUGGCACUCGAUCUUACAUAGAAUUGCGACCGCGCCUCAUUUCCAGCGUGAGCUUAUCAUUCGAGGCAGAGGUGAAGCCAUCCAAAGAACGAGGACUUCUCAUAUUCGCGGAGACACCGCAUUUCUAUACGUCACUGUCCUUGCAAGGAGGACUGCUGGAAUAUAGGUGGACUGAUCGUUUGUCGGGGAUGACUUCCCUAGUCCGCAGUGGUGUGGUUGUCUCAUUAUCUCAAUGGCACAGCGUAAAGGCGGGUCGUUACGGCAGUCGCUUAUACGUGUGGGUAGACGGCGCGCUCAAUACAGACUCGCUCGUAGCGCACGCCUACCCUCACAAUAGCGCCGAUGCAUCCGUCCUACUUGGAGGUGCAAAAGAUUUGUCAUCGUUGCCUUUCGACGUGAUGUCUGGUCCGCCCGAAUCGUUUUCUGGCUGCAUUAGAAAUUUACACGUGAACAAUAUUCUGUUACCCUUGGAGCACCAGAAUAUUAAAGAGGGUCAAAACGUGGCAGAUUGCGAUGGCACCGUUUGCGGCGGCGAAUCCUGUCCGGGGGGCACGUGCGUGAUAGAGAAUGGUCGCGCUCGCUGCAUAUGCGGAGGGGGCGUGGCGGGCGCCAGGUGUAGGCGACACGCGGGCUGCACGCGUGCCACGUGCGCGUCACCCGGGGGCCACUGCCGUCGGGGGCAGUGCGUUUGCUCUGCUGGCUUCGGCGGCCCGUACUGUGAAACCAAGAUAAACGUAACGGUGCCCCACUUUAACGGGGCCGCGUUAUUGUCACUGGGGCGCGCGUUGGGUCCGCACAGACGUGCGGGCGAGCAGCGCGCCCUGCGGCGGCCCGAAUACAUCGCGCUCAACUUCACCACCGCGCAAACGGGCGGCCUACUGUUAUGGGUUGAUAUGGACGAAGAUUAUCUAGGUCUAGGACUAGAAAACGGCUUCCUGAAGCUGGUGUGGUCAUUCAGCUUCAAUAACUCUACUCUCGAACUACUAAGUGAAAAGAGUGAGAAUCGGAACAACAACAGCAUUAGACGUUUGGUCCGAUUGGUGCCUCAUGCGGGAUUCUUGGCCGACGCUGAGUGGCAUCAGCUGAUAAUUAGGUUAGACGAAGAUAACAUAACACUGAACGUUGACCAAGUGUUGGCAUACGUGGAGGAACCAGGCUUAAGGAGAGAACACAACUACGAUGAUGUUCAGGUUUACAUAGGUGGCGUAAAUGACCUCGAGAAUAAAGUAGCAAAGAAAAUCUUCCCCAAUAACUUCAAAGGUUGCAUGGACCACAUAUCUACAGAAGAAAACAACUUCACAAAUUUCACGGACGUUUACAGCGAAAACAUCAAAUCGUGCCAAUUGCUCCCAAUAACGUAGCGAUUUUAGGGCAGGAGCUAAACUCAAACCGUAUUUAUUAUUUGAAAACGUCGACUAAAGUUAGGCUUGAUUUAAAACUAAUGUUGGCUCAGUCUUCUUUUUAGUAAAAAAAAGUGACAGCAUCCGUUUAAAUUCAGGUUUAACUUAAGUCUACGUUUUGUAAUAAGACGGAAAGCCUUUUUUAUACAAACAUUUGUAUAAAAAUUAAAAUCAUGCGUUUUUUAGUUAAUAAGGAUGUGUGACAGUAGUUAAUGCUCAUAGUACAAAGUUUUCUAGUCUUCUGAUGGACCAAAGAUGCCUUAUUUGUAAGCCUAUUAUUAUUUAUUUAUUGUUUCGUAUUUGUGUAUAUUUUCGAAAUAAACCUAUCUAGAUUACAAAUUUUCCUACUAACAGUCCUCCAAUUCAACAAUGAAUUUUAAUUAAGGAAAAUGUUGUUAUUUGUAGAAAGAAAAUAAAAAGAUUGUCGUACACAAAAAUAUAGUUU